UCGCUUGUACGUUCCCCGCCCAAUACCAACUACGCUCCGCCAUCCCUGAAUAACUAAGUUUUAAUAAAGCACCGACGAGGCUAAAAGAGACCAAAGGUCUAAAACGCACCAGUUACGUACUUUACAGGUAUAAAAGGCUGACAUGUGGGUAAGAAGCUAAUAUUUGUCCCAAAUGACGCCAACACUGUCUUCACCUAACAGUGACGUAAAUGUGACAAUUGCAAAUGAAAAAAUUUCAUUUUGGCUCCAGCCACAAAAUCAGAGACCGGCUUGACAACUCAACUCAAUCAAUGCAAUAAACAAUUACAUCUCAAAGGGUACCUUAGUGAAACGUCCGAUACAUGUCGAUGAAAACUGAAUAAUAGGCUGGUUAUUCAAACUAGCCUAUUGAUCUGAUUAACUAAUUGAUCUGAGAUUAACUAGUGCCAUAUGAAAAAACCUCAGCCGUUUUAGAGCGGUUUUCAAUUGAGUGUCGUAAAACCAAAACCAAACCAAUUUCUUACCGAUUAGACUACUCAGCCACUCUUAAAUCGUAGUAAAACCAAAAAGUAAUUGCCUAAUUACUUUAGACACUCACCUGAAAACCGCUCUGGUCAGUUUUCACCAUCACAUAGGCAUAAGGCAUACGCAUACGGCAGACGCCUUCAAUACAAGCGUAAGCACAUAGACAUCCGCAAAAUGGAUAACUGGCACAGUUUCAGAAUACAGUAAAACAAGAUGGCAGACUUUCGCGUACGCUCAUGCUUAUAGCAGCGCAUUCUCACUUGACAUAAAGCACAUAAUCGCAAGCACGAAGGGAAAAAAUCUUUUGUUCUGCUUGUACUUGUACUUAUGCUUGUGUCAUGGACGUCCUACUGAUGCUUAUGCCUCUGCUUCUGCUUAUCUUGUAUUGAAAAGCAGGCUUUAAAAAGGAGCUUUGUCACGGUUUGCAUAUCUUGUAAAGUUUUGCCUAAAUUUUCAAGUUCGUCGUUUGUAAUCCGUGUUAAUCUUCUCCAUCCUCAACCAUCCUUGUACCCUUAUGGAUUAAUAAUAUCUCUUUGUUGUUUUUCUAUCUUAAUAAACGACUAUUUUCAGGUUUCCUUCAAUUUAAAAAUAGUUUUGUACGCGGCCAAAAUAACUUAAGAUGCCGUGACUGAGGGACAAUUCAGUUAAUUUUCUUUCAAGCUGGCUCAACUCGAAUUCACGCAUAAGUAAUUUUUUUUUUAUCUUAGGGUGUUUUUUGGAUUACUAACCAACUGCAUUGUAAAACGUACAAAAAAGAGUUCUUAAAAAAGAAUGCAACUUUGGACGGCGACUCUCUGACAUGGUAUCAAUACAAACGUGCCCGAAAUCAUACAAGUACCGAAAUUAAGAAGGCCAAGCGGAAAUAGUUCACUGAUAAUCUAGAGUGCAGGAAAUUAUAUCCUAAAAAAGCGUGGCAAUUAAGUAACGAUUUGUCCUCACGACAUUCAAACAAGGUAAAGGAUAUUUCGAAAAUUAAAGUUCGGGAACAAACUAUACCUGAACCUUGUGCGAUGAUCUAAGAAUUAAAUCUGUAUUUCCCAAGCAUCGGUGAGAGACUACCUUCAGAAAUACCGUCUUCUAAUGCAGAGCCUGAGUCCUAUCUCAAACCAACUGAAACUACGUUUUCUCUGAAAGAUCCAACGGUGAACGUAGUUCGCAAACCGUUGCUUAAACUAAAUGAGAGGAAAGCUGCGGGCCUAGAUAAUAUUCCAAUCGAACUUCUAAAAAUGGCUGGCAACAUAGUCGCACCAUCCCUCACACAAACAUUUACAAAGUCGAUCAGCACUGGUAUCUUUCUAGCUCAGUGGAAACGGCAAGGGUGACCCUUGUUUUCAUCACGGAGGGAAAAAGGGGCGACCCAAACAAUUGCCUGCCAAUAUCUAUCAUUCCGACAGUUGCAAAAAUGUUCGAAAAAACUACUUACGACCAGAUUUACGAGUAUUUUAUUGUGGGCGCCCUCAAUUUCGUCAUGCUGCUGCUUCUGCUCAUGUCUUAGUGACAACCAGGUUUCAAAGAACUACGUUACAGUUUGCGCAUCUUGAACAGUUAAGCCGGCCUAAAUUUUUCAAGUUCGUCUUUUGUAAUCCGUUUUAAUCUUCUCCAUCCUCAACUAUCGUUGUACCUUUGUGGUUUAAUAACAUCUCUUUGUUGUUUUUCUAUCUUAGUAAACAACUGUUUUCAGGUUUUCUUCAAUUUAAAAAUAGUUUUGUACGCGGCCAAAAUAACUCAAGAUACCGUGACUGUGCUCCUCAGUUUGAUAAUGAUGGAAGAUUCAGUCAAUUGUCUUUCAAGUUCUUUGUGACCUUGGCUCAAUUGGAAUUCACGCAUUAGUAAUUAUAUAUCUUAGGAUGUGUUUUUUAUAAGACCAUCGAGUUAAGUGUACAGAUAUUAGUCCCUGAUUUGUGAAAACAAUGGCGAGUUGUUCCCUUGUUGUGGAAAAAAUGGCUGACUAGUUCAUUUUGUCUCUUCAUCCGUAGAACUAACUGGGACCUGCCUGAAAUGUUGGAAAAUCGGAAAAAGCGUCUUUGAGCAAUAGGUUGUUAUUAAGAUGCAUCUCGUCUCAACGCUCUAAAUCUCGAUAGCGUGAUUAAUUUUUAGAUAAUCCUCGCGGUCUGUUCAUUUAAAGGAUUUAUACUUUUUUUAUAUCAAAUCACUGGUCGACGCCAAGAUUAAAAAGUGGCUCAAUUGAGGUUACACUUGUUCUGGCCAUGUAUUGUCGAGAUCUUCAACUGAACAGUCCAUACGGUCAUCGUUGGAAUCUAUUCAAGAGUUUGUCACUUGCAACGGAAGCAUAAGCACAAGCUAAGCAUAAAGAAGCUAAUUCACUAGUGGACACGGUCAAACAUAAACAUAAGUAUAAGAAGAUCAAAACCUUGCCUUCUUUUAAUGCUUAUGCCUAUGAUUAUGUCGCACUUAUGACUAGUGGGGACAUGGGUGGCAUUACCAUAAGCAUGAGCAUAAGCGAAAGACUUUCAGCCAAUCAGCUAGCACCUUAUGCUUAUGCCAACAUGUCCUUUCUAAACGUAGCAGCUACUUAAGCAUAAGAAUAAAAGAACGCUUAUGCUUGUGUCGCAGCCGUCUCAAACAGCUCAUAAUCGGGUUUAUGCUUAUAUUUAUGUUUGCGUCGCAAGUGAGAACCGAGCUUUAAUUUCAUGUCAAACUGAUCAGAACCGAAAAACUUAGAAUUAAGAAAAGGUUCCCAGAGCAGGGUUAAGUACCUUUACAAAAUUUUACAACAGUUACAACUCCAAGAUCAGAUUUUCUCUACUCCACCAAAUUAGAUAAGGAUAUUCAAACGAAGAAACUUCCAGUUAAGGUUAAAAAAUACAGCUCAGAUUUGCGAGCUGAUGUGGAGAAAUAGUUGGCAUAAUUUUGCCGAUAAGACGUCCGAUCUAGCCGGCAUUUAGGGCAGCUCUGUACACGUGCACACGCCUACACAUGUACGCCGGCGAUCGUCGUCGAUAAGCUAUGGCAAAAAUCCAACGAUAUCUCAAGCAGUGCAUGAUGUAAUUUAAUUUGUUCUGGGAUUUCGAUGCUAAAGUAUCCGCCGCCUGCAAGCUGCUACCUCCUGGCAUGGAGACUGAUGUGAACUCAACGAAAAUGUUCUUGUUCAAAUCAUUUGGAGGGGCGUGGGAGGGGUUGGAAGACACUCUCCUCCAACAGCAGUGAUUAUGAAGGAAAACAUCCCAAGCGUUUUUUAAGACGUCGCGUGCUGUGAACUCCUUAGGAGAUGUCGCGUGUUUAAUUGGAGGAAACGCGGCGUUUCCUUAUCUCGAUAAUGUGUUUGGAUUAGGGUUAAAGGUGCAAAAACAUUUUUCACGGAAUGGGUCCUUGUGCAAUGGUAUUUGUCUUCCCGUACGGUUAUUUGCGGUAGGGAAAAAGGUCCAGUUGGUACAGAUCAGCCGACUUGUCUUCUUGUGUGGCUAUCUAACUUUGUUGCAUCUGGUAAUGACGAAGAACAGGUUGUAUUCCAGGAACAGGAAAUGUCUUUUCCUAAUGUGAUAAAGUAAUAACUGUUAAUCUAAAGCUGUUCAUAAAGUUUUUUAUAGGGAUUUUUUUUCAUGACGUAUUAAUUACACAGUUUGCAAAGCUCGAGCUAACAAGCUUAAAAUAAUUAUGUGCUCAAAUAAUGCGCCCUGUUGACAAUCGUUUAAUUAACUCGUUCCCUAGUUAACGCCAGAAAGUUAAUAGUGCCGCCACUCAUAAUAAACCAUGCAAGAGGGUUAAAAAUAUCCAAAUUAGCGCUCAGAGGGUACUUCUUGGUAUUUUUCCGAGGUGCACCCCUAUCGUAGAAGAUAUAAAUUGCCAGCAGUGUUUUCAUUUGCGUGGGAGGAGAAAUUCUUCAUCGAUGGGUUUUGAUGGAAGAAGAACAAACUGAAAGUAACAUCAACUCAAGCUUGUAUAAUUAAUAGCUGGUUUGUUACUUGUCCUUUACGCGAUGAAGGUCUUAGAGAUAACAGAUUUGGCUUUUACACGAAAGGUUCAACUCGCUUGCCUUUUAACAGCUGUAAUCUCUUGCUGUUGCUCUGGAAAGCCACAAAUGACAAAAUGCCUGAUUCAAUCUUAUUUCCGACAGAAGCAAGGCAGUGGAACUUCGGGGAAUGGAAACCUACUUCUUGUCCAUUUGCAGUCGCACGCGCCUUUUACUCCGACUCGGUUGUCCUUCACUGGUUCCUGCAAUGACUCUGCAAACAACACCGAAUUUCUGAUGGUCAAAAAAAUCAUAAACAGAUCACUAAUUGUCACCUUGCGAUGGAAUUAUAAACAACAAUACGCGAUAGCAUUUAGAAAUAAGACUUUGAUCAUCGAGCAUAUCGACAAGCUCACCCAUUACGACGAAUUCGUAUUCAAGUGUGCCACAAAUGCCUGCAUUUUCAAUACCUUGAAGAACGUCAUGUCUCUCGCCUACGUCAGCACCAAUAGCGAUGGAAAACCUUCAGUUAGCGUCAAUCCUUCUGAUGUCACAACAUGGUUAAAUAUCCUGAAACCCAGUGUGUGUUAUAACUGAUAUCGCGCAGUAUAUCAUAACUUUUUAUUUAUUAUUUUGGUCCCUUUUAAGUUAUUUUUUCCAACGCUAAACGCCGAUAAUUUAGAUUUGGGAAUUGGUGACAAGUUUGCAGUUGGAGUUUCCCUUUAAUCCCAAUGCUAGCUGCUUGACCAAAAUGGCGGCGAUAAGUUCAUUUUGAACAGGGGGACUGUAGUCUAGCUAUGAGUUCGAUCUUUGGCCGAUUGUUGAUAAAACAUCACAAUCAUAAUCAAGCUACAUUGUCCAAAAGUAAAGCAGGUAUUGGAGGCCAGGUUUGGAAUUCCAAAGCGGCAAUAAAAGGGACCGUGCGCCAUAUGUAGUAAGAAAUGCGUCAAAUAUCCACUUUGGAACCCCUUCGAUAUGAUGUUUUUACAAUUUCUAUUCCUUUUGAAACUUUUUAAAUAGUUAAAAAAUACAUUGAAGGCCCUUGUCAAAUUUCAGUCCAUUUUUAAGAUAUGGUAAGUUUGGUUACACUGAAGAUAGUUUCAUGAGGAUCUGGUGUAUUUAGAUGUACAGUGUAUGUAGGUAACAAGAAAUGUAACUCGUAAGCCAUGGAACGUUUCCCAUAUUGAGAAAUGGAAAUAGAAAAUGUGCAGAAAUGUAGAUAAGAUAACUAUUACCAUGAGAAGAACCAGUUACAGUACUCAUGUUGAUGAUCAUGGAAGGCACGAAAUUAUGUAUGUAACUAACGAUUUUCGACUCUAUAAAGACACUGAAACUGAUUGAGUUUGCUUUCUCAGUGAGUAAAAAUUAGUGAGCUUCAAUGAAAUUCAAGAAAGCAUCAAAUAUAUGGUUUUUAUGGUUUGGAAUGUUUUUACACAACUGUUCAUUUGUUAUAAUUAUAUAUAUAAACUUCUAAAUGGGGUGAAUAAAGUGUGUUGUUGUUAACCAGAGAAAACGGGACACCUUUAUUUUGACAAAUCAUUUUAUUAGUGAA